AGAUGGCGGCCAUUUCGAAGCAAGAGUACCUCAAACGUUAUUUGUCAAAUUCUGAAGGUGCGAAAAAGAAAAAGAAGAAAAGGAUCCCUAAAACGGCGUCCAAACAUCCAACUUCUAUCAUAGUGGAUGACGAUAUAACUGUCAGAGAUAUCAAAAUCCGAGAUUCCGCGCAAGAAACGAACGAGUUCGAAGGCGAAGUCGAUGAAGCUCCGGCCGUUUAUGAGGAGGAUGGCGUCACAAAAAUAUCACUUGAAACAUUCAAAAAGCGGGAAGAAGAUAAGAAAACAAAGUGGGCGCCAAUUAGCCUAGAAUCACAAUCAGUAUUUCAUACGGAGGCAGGAAAAAGACCAAAUUCUAAUAGUAACAAUUCGACACCAAGAAUGACAAGCAGAGACGGAGAGGACACUCCAGAUUUGUCUCCUCGAAGGAGUGGAGUGCUGUUCGACCCUGAUCAAUCGCCACCCGGGAAAAAAGACAGAGCCCCUCCACGUAGCUCGGUAAGGGACUUGUCAUCAGACGGGAGGAGAGAUGUCUCUAGUGAGGGAGGCCAUAGUCCUCCGAGAGCCAGACGAAGAAGACACGAUUCUGGUGAUUCGCUCCCAGAGCAAACACAUAGUCACAGUCCCGACUUAUCACCCUCUAGACAAUCACGGUUACAGGCAAGUCCUGACAGAUCCCUUAGGAGGAGAGUUAGAAAUGACUCCCCUGACGUAUCCCCUCCCCACUCAGGAUUGAAUGGAGACUCAGACCAGUCACCUCCCAGGAAAAGAAUGAACAAUGAUUCUGAUCAGUCACCUCCAAGGAAGCAUGCAAAUAGUGAUUCAGAUCAAUCGCCGCCAAGAAGACAAAAUAGAUCCGAAAGAAGAAGUACAAGAAGUGACAGUUCAAAACAAAGGAGACAAAAUGAACCAGGAUUAGAAAGAAUGUCAAGUGGUUAGUACAAGUUUAUGGCUUAUAUUUUCUGGUCCACUUAUUAAGGAGGUGCAUGCUAGGGAUAUACAUGUACUUGUUUGCACAACUGGCAAAUUUCUGUGGCAGAGUCAUUUAUGUAAGAACAUGUUUCCUGUGCCUUUUAAUAGCAUGUGAACUCAGAAUUUCAAAGCCUAGUGGUGGAGAUAACAGUCAGUCAUUGCACAUUGUCUGACCAGAUUCUUGAAGAUGUCCAACUAAUUUUACAUUAUGAUCUGAUGUAAUAACCGAACAUCAAAAUGACUUGUGAAUCUGACAUGAGAUAAUUUUCUGAAAAGCUUCGGGUGCAUUGCUUUGAAAUGACAUAUAUGUAGCUCUGCCUCAAGAGAUCACUCGGAUCAUGCUGCAUUAAAAGAACCGUUAAAUCCCUAUCCAGAGUGGAUUCAUCAGUUCCUUUG